AUGAAGCUAUCUGCCAAAAGAUUACUAGUAUUUAUUUCUGGAAACCAACAUAAAAUAAAAGAUGUUAUCGCAACGCUUCCUAAUACAUUUAAAAUAGAUGUUAAAGAUUUACCUAUAAAAGAAGUUCAAGGAAGUGUAGAAGAUGUUGCUUAUGAAAAAUGUUUAUCAGCUGUAACAUUAACACAACAAGAAGUAUUAGUUGAAGAUACAAGCUUAUGUUUUGACCAUUGGAAAGUAUUACCAGGACCAUAUAUUAAAUCAUUUAUAAGUUGUUUAGAUUCAUUAGAUCUUUACAAAUUAGCUAGUAUUUUACCAAGCCAGAAAGCUACACUUGUUUCAACUGUUACAUUUGGUGUACCACCACAAGCAGGAACAUUUACACCAAGAAUUUUUAUGUUUACCGGUGUUAGGCGUGGAAUAAUUGUUAAACCAAGAGAUUAUGAAAAUGCAUUAAAAUCUUUUGAGCCUGUCUUUCGUUCAAAUAAUUCUGGUCUAACUAUAUCAGAAGAAAAUGAAACUGGUACAAGACUUAAAUACUCAUCACGAGUUGAUGCCUUAAAAAGUUUUGCAAAAGCAUAUGAAAAAUAUAAAGAAACUAAAAAUUUAGAUUCAAUAAAAGAAUAUGAAAUAAAUCAUGCUACAUUUGCUAAACCAGAAACACCAUCUAGAAUUUUUAAUUCAAAUAUUAAUCCAGAAGGAAUAUUUAAUAUUGGUAGAAUGUAG